ACCCACCAACCCGGUGGACAGGCCUCGAUGGGCCUGGUGGCCCCAGCGGACUCGCGGGGUGUAGUCCGGGGCUGCAAAGUGGUAGCCGCUCCUCUAAAACGUUUAAACCAAAGAAAAACAUUCCAGAGGGUUCUCACCAGUAUGAGCUCUUAAAGCACGCAGAAGCCACACUCGGCAGUGGCAACCUCCGGAUGGCUGUCAUGCUUCCUGAGGGAGAAGAUCUAAAUGAGUGGGUUGCAGUGAACACUGUGGAUUUCUUCAAUCAGAUCAACAUGCUUUAUGGAACAAUCACCGAUUUCUGUACAGAGGAAAGUUGUCCAGUGAUGUCAGCUGGCCCAAAAUAUGAAUAUCAUUGGGCAGAUGGAACAAACAUAAAGAAGCCUAUUAAGUGCUCUGCUCCAAAGUAUAUCGAUUACCUGAUGACUUGGGUUCAGGACCAGUUGGAUGAUGAGACAUUAUUUCCAUCAAAAAUCGGUGUCCCGUUCCCGAAGAAUUUCAUGUCUGUGGCAAAAACUAUACUCAAACGCCUCUUUCGGGUUUAUGCUCACAUUUAUCAUCAGCAUUUUGACCCCGUGAUCCAGCUUCAGGAGGAAGCACAUCUGAAUACAUCUUUCAAGCACUUUAUCUUUUUUGUCCAGGAAUUCAACCUGAUUGAUAGAAGAGAACUUGCACCACUCCAAGAACUGAUUGAAAAACUCACCUCAAAGGACAGAUAAGAGGAUGCAGAACUGUGCAAAUUGUUCCUCAAAUGAAGCUGUCUGGAGCAUAUUUGGAUUUUGUUGAUUUUAUUUUUAUCUUGGUUGUUUUUGUCUUAAGUUUGGGGGGCUUGUUUGGGUUCUUUUUUCUUUAUUCUGAAUAAAUGAAACCUUAUUUGAUUGCCAGAAGAAGCCAGGAACCAUUCUCUGUACAUUUGAUAGGCGUAAAUUUUGUCUUAGUGGCAUAUGGUGUGUUUUUUUAAACUUGGUUUUGGUUACUUGUGGAAUUUUUGAUAAUAUUGUGUGUUGAAAGAAAAUGCUCAUUGAUUGGACUGCUGAUGGAUGGGGUUCUGUGUUAUAUAAAUUGUGGCCAAUUUUUGAAGUCCCUAAAAGAUUUAUGUUUUUAAGUGCCUUGGCAGGCUCACUUCUGAGGUGCAAAGCACAGACAUAGAACGAACAGGGCUUGAAACUAUAUUAGGAUUACUACCCAGGGCACUUACUGAUGAUGCAUGUUUUAAAAUAUCUACGAAAAAAGCCAUAGUUUACCUAAAUUGGUGAUCUCUAGCUCUUACUACAUUGAAGAAAUACAAUUUGUAAAGGUGUGCCUGUAGAACAUAAAAAAUUAGUAUUUCUUAAUUAUUUUUUAUAUUAAUGGUAAUUCUGUUCAACAAAUACUUAAAGUUCUACAAGCAGGUCUUUUCCAUCUCUUGAUAUCUGUGAUAUUGAAACUUGAGGAUGUUGAAACGCAAUACCUAUUGCAUUUUGGCUUCUUUCUACAUGUUAACUGCACUGUAGGUGUAAAUAUUCAGGUUAUAUACAGGUUUGCCAUUUUCAGAGGUGAUGCUGAACUGUGAGGUUUCUUUGCAAUUGCCAAAUGAGCCAUAAGUCUGCAGAAUCCCCUUUUACUUUGAAGAUGAGGGGAUAGGAGUGUGUGUUUGGUUAUGGGGGGUUAAUUUUUAUGGGGACUUAGGGAUGAAAUUAAUUAUGGGGAGUCAAGUUUAAGAAAGUCCUGUCUUAAAACCCUUGAGUAGAAUGGCAUGGAAAUUUUAAUCAAUUUCUUGUAAGCAGAGUCUUAGAGACUUCUUUUUAGAAAUCAACUUCCAUGAGAAGUUAAAAAUAUUAAUUUUAGGUAUAGAUAUUAAAUAUGGAAUUCAAGGACUAUUUGGGGAAAUGGACCACUUUCCAGCAUUUCCAUUCAGUGAAUGGAGCUAGUGUUUGCCUGUCAUUUUUAAAUGAUACAGUACCUUUUUUGCUUAUUAUAGGCCCAAUUUGAAGCAUUCUGACUUCUGAUUUUUUUCACUGUGGUAGGAAAUAUUUUUCUUUGCAGUGAUAGCAAACAAUGAAAGUGCUGAUUCAGUAAUUAUUAACUUUUAUAUUUUAUUUUCUAUGACUUUCUAGUAAAUCACUCAUAUUAAAAAGUUCAGAAAUUUAGUUUUUAAAAUAACUAUUAACAUUUUCACUUCAGUUGUAUGCUUGAGAUACAUUCUUUUCAGACUUCCAGUUUUAAUUUUUGUCAUUUCUGGUAAAUCUGUUUCCCUCAGUUAGAAAUAUAUACCUUUUUCCUUGUAAAAUACAAAUAGUGCUCUGAAAUUGUGUAGACUAAAAACACUUAGAAAAUAAUCUAAAAUGAAAUCAGAUUGUUUUUGCCAUUAACAAGUCGAGCAGUGAUACAAUUUAAUGCCAAUACAAUUAUGAUCUCUAGGAACUGCCUUUUUCUCCAUUUCAUUUAUAGCAAUCAUUCUCCAAGUACCAGAAGUAGAAAUAACAGGAGAGCCUGGCAGAGGCAAACAUAUUGGACAUUCAUUGGUAAUACUUAGUUAUAAAUUGCAGUGAGAACUAGCUGAUUUCCUUAAGAGAAAUCUUUUAGUAUCCAAAUAGGUAAUACCAGCGAUUAUGGGUUGAUUCAGAAAUAGAAUUUGGCAUCAAGUGAUUUGGGGUCCUAUCUAUUUAGGAACAUGAAGCGCACAUCAUUACUCAAGUAGCUUUUCAUACUGCAUUUGACUUCAUAUCAACCUAGUAAUAAAGGGGUUGCAAUAGCAAAUAGAAUAGUGAAAAAUUGUUCAUAUAUAUAUAUUUUUUAUUAUUAGUUUCAGGUGUACAAAACAAUGCAAUAGUUAUCCUUUUCACCCCUCACAAAGUUGUUCAUACUCUUUUAAGCCUUAUACAGCACUACUCUGUAAAAAAGGAACAAUGUUUGUAUAAAUGUUUAGUAGUAGGACCUACUUUCCCACUGUAUGUAUAUAGGAGUUUGUUGUCACUAUGCCAGAAUCUCAGGUGCCUGCUUAUGAGUAUUCCUUUAAACAGAGCUAUUGGGAAGUAAGGUGUUGUGUGUGUGUAUAUAUGGUAACAAAGUAGAGAAGUUCUCCCAGGAAGAGGCCUGGCAUUGUACAUGGUGUUAUGUGGCUACAAGUAGGGAAAAAUACACCACAGAAUCUGAGAAAUAACUGAUUUAAUAGAAAAAUGGCUUUGAUUCAGUUGGUUCCCAUGAAUGUUAGUGAGAUGCCCUUUAUAAAAUAAGGAUCAGAUUUUGGCUUUGCAGCAGAGCUUGCUUAUAAAUAAAUGUCUAUUGGACUCUUUCCAGAUCUCUCUUUUAAUUUAUAAAUAACCAAGAUAAGGAUUCGCUCCACCUCAGUGCUUUAUACAGAGAUACAAAGCAGAAGUUGUUGCUCUCAUCUGUUGAUAAAAGCAUAAAAUAUAAAGUAGUAAGUUAACAUAGUAUUAUUGCCACAAUGCUUUCGUUAAAUGUCCCUAUGAAGCAAGUUUUAGGAAUUAUUUUAAAUGAUGGAGUAAUGGUGUUGGAGAGAAUUUAACAGAAGGAGGGAAAAUAUUUUAGUUAGCAGUAGAUGGUGCUACUGGCUUUCAUUUGCUGACUUGAUUAUGCCAUAAAACCCAUGACAUUAAACUGCACUAAAACAGUAAGCGUGGUUUAGUUAGCUGGUAGAGGCUUUGGAGGUUAUGUACCUUGAUGAAAGAGUUUAGAUUGCUAUCGCUUUUUACCUUUGUCAUUUGUAAAUUCUAAAUGGUCAGCAUAAAAUGUAGGAAACACAUGUUUAGUGUAUAAUAUAUCUCAGACUGAAUUACUGCCUGGUUUAUCAGGAAAGAAAGCACUACAAUCGCUUAUGAGGAAAUACAGGUGAUGUGGAUAUUUAUAUUUUACAUGUAAUCACCAGACUGCAUUUUAUGUAUUAGCAUUUUCCUUGCUUAUGGGAAAAUAGCAAAAUGACAGAUUUCUUUUAUACCUUUGUCUACACCCUCUCUGAGAGAGGUUUUGAUAACCACUGAAAUGGUAAAAAUAUGUGAGAUGCGAUUACCAAGUUGUAGGACUUUCUUUUAAAAUAAAUAUAUCAUACCUUAAACAUCCAAAUGAGAGUUGAUUUUCAGAGUAGUUCCUUUGGGAGCACUACUUAUUCUAUCUAUGCUGCAAAGGUGUAAAGUUUUUGGAAUGUUUUCAAAGAUGCCUUGAGAAUUGGUUUAUGACUAUGCAAAAUAUCUAUUUCAUUAUUUUAGUUGCACAAAAAGCUUUUUUGGGCAAGCUUAAUGUGACCUAUCUCAUUCACCAAACCAACUCGACUGUGCUGUUUUCUUAGAACCAAACCAUUAGGGAAGUUCAAAAGAAUGUGCCAUAUGUUCUGAAUUUGCAUAAGAGAAUGUUUUGAGCACUGGUAGCAUCAUUUAAUAAAGGAGUAGUUUCCUGAUAGCACUACUUUGAAAUAGAUGGUAUCAUUUGGAUGUAUAGGUUAUGUUUUUUAAGGGUUAGUUUAAUUCCCUUACAGUUAAAUAUAAUAAUAAAAAAAUCAGAGUCUUCUCUUGUUUUCUACUUCUUGUUCCUUUCUUUGGUAACUUUUGAAUUUAAUCUUGACUACUGUAGGAUAGUUUUGAUUGAUAGGAUAAUAAAAAAAUGGAUCCAAUAUUUAAGGUAGAAGUAGCUUAAGGAAACAACAGCCUUUACCUCCACCCUUUAAAAAACAAUUUUUUUUUUACUCAGAUGAACAAUUUGAAUUUAAAGACUGGAGAUCAUUGUACAAAAAAAUUGGAAUAAGUUUUAUAUAUUAAUUAGGCUGAGUUUUAAGCCUAUAUAUCACAGAUAAAAUAUUUAAAAUUGUAUAACCAUUUCAUGUAUCAUUUAUAAUUUUAAAAUUGUAAAUGUCUUUUUAAAAGAUAUGGGACCGGAAAUAUAUUCGUAAUUUGAAAAUGUGACUGCAUACCAAGAGGAAAACUUUACUCAUUUUGAAACUUAUCUGGGAUAUUAAAGAAUAUACCAAUUCUUAGAAACACUAUUCUAGAUUUAUACUUCAAGGACCAUUCCUAAAAUAAUUUAAAUAUUCCAGUUUGUCAUAAUGUUAAGAUUCACUGUAGGAAUUACUGUUGUUCAGCUAUCAGUUUAAUGGUAUAUGAGAAAUGUUUAGAGGUAAAACUAUCUCAAGAUUUAAUGGAAAAGUUUCAUUUUAAGAUAUAAUAACAAUUCUGACUAGACAAUUUGAAUUUUUAGGGCUUUCCUAAUGUGCUAAUCACAUAGAAGAAUUCAUUUUGAGGGUAUAAAACUGUGCUGCAUGCCUGCCACUUAUAGCAGAACUGACAUUUAAAUUUUGAGAAAAGAAAAAAUUGGAUAACUCUCAGUUUUGCUAGUGUGCAUCUAAAGUUUCUUUUUCUACAUAGAAUACUAUACUAUAGAAAACAUUGGAUUACAGUUCAAAAAGAUGGAUAGUGAAAUCACUGGCCUUUUCUAGCUGUGUGUUUACUUAUCUCCUUCUCCUUGGAGGUAAAUUACUUUCUUACUGCUGUUGACUCUCCGUACCACACACCCUUCCAGUAUACACCCACUUGGAAAACAAAACAGGUUGAUUGUGCAGGUCCUCAUUGUUAGUGCUUCUGAAGUACUUGUUGCCAAUACACAGGACACAGGUUUCAGCUAAUGUGUUGGAAGAUGCUACUUACAUAGGCAUUUUUUGGUGUUUUUUUUUUUUGGUUGACACCUUUCUUUAAAUAUGUCACUGAAGCUGAGAUCAUUAAAAAAAUUUUGUUAAUUUUUAGUUUCUCUUAUAUAUUAUAAAAUUCUUAUGUGGGGGUGUUUCUUACUGGUUUACACAUGGUUUCCUUUUUAUUUUGUUUCUGAAAUAAUUGUGCUGGUUGUGAAAUAGAUUAGUGCAUUUUCAUUUUAAGAACACUUUCCUUCUUACGUUGUUCAUUUGAAAUAACUAUUUUUAGGGGAAAUAGUUUUUUACAGCCACUAAAUUGUAUUUGUUAUUUUUGUACAUGCAUAGCAAGAGUGGUACACUAAUCUUGGGGGGAACACUUUUGUUCUAUUUUAACUUUUCCUGUACAUUAUUACUUAAAAUUAUCUAGGAACAGUGCCAUGAAAUCUAGAUUGAGAGAGAAUACAGUAAACAUGAGAACACCUAAAGCUUCAAUAGAAAUCAUUUAACACUUAAAAAGUUUCAACAGGAAUCAUUUGUGGGGACAAAAGCAGAUGAAUACUGCCAGUGUCAUAUAAUGGAAGCGUAAGGGCAAGAUCCACACUGGGCAAGUACUGCAGAGACUGUAGAAACAGGGAUCCUGCUUUUUUGGAGACAGACAAUUUUUCUUUCAAGUAGCUGGAAGGGCGAAAUGGUCUAAAAUACAUAAUGCAACACAGGCGCUAUAUUGUAAGCUGUGCCAAGUUUACUCAAAUUGUAGUUAUUGAUCAAAGUUUAUUGCUUCGUCAUUUUUAUUUUAAAAGAGGAUACUGAAUGUUAGAAAAUCUGUAAUAAGUUUUAAUUGAGAGAUGUAAAUAAUGUAUACAGACUUGUAGGUGAUGGGAUGGGAAAUAUUUAAAUUCUAGGUUUUUUUAAAGGAAGAAACUGAAUGUUUAUUACAAAAAUUAAUAAAUAGCUAUGUUUGGCCAUGAAUCCUGACUUUUCAUUACUGCUUAUUUUUGCUACAGAUAUUCUCUCACUGAACUCAUUCCUAGAGAAAUAUUGAAGGUAUUUCCAAUAUGUUGAACAUUUAAAAUGUGUUAGGCAUUAUUUUUUAUAAUGUUCACAGUAACCCUAGAAGGUAGUAUCUUAGUGUCUUACAUACUAGAAAUCUAAAGCUUAGAAAUUCAAUGAUUAGUACUAGAGUUUAAUAACCCAAAUAUGCUUGACCUUGAAGCAAUUGCUUUGUUUUCUUUAAAUAUACAGUAGUCCCCUGUUAUCCUCGAUUACCUAGGGUCAACUGGUCUGAAAAUAUUAAAUGGAAAAUUCCAGAAAUAAUCAGUUUUAAAUCGUACUCCAUUCUGAGUAGCAUGAUAAAAUCUUAUGUCAUUCUGCUCCACCUGUCCUGGAUGUGAAUCUGCCCUUUGUCCAGAGUAUCCACGCUGUAUAAGUUCCUUGCCUAUUAGUCACUUAGUCGCCAUCUUGGUUAACAGAUCAACUGUGGAGGUAUCACAGUGCUUGUGUUCAGGUACUCUUAUUUUACUUAAUAAUGGCCCCAAAGCACAAGACUAGUGAUGCUGGCAAACUUGGGUAUGCCGAAGAGAAGCCGUGAAGUGUAUUAUGUAUAGGAAAAAAACAUAGUAUAUAUAGGAUUAGGUAUUAUCUAAGGUUUCAGGCAUCCACUGGGAGUCUUGGAACGUAUCCCCUGUGGAUAAGGUGGGACUAUUGUACUAUUACCAUGAGAACAGUUAGCAAAAUAUUUAAUCAUUUGUUGACAUUUCCAUGAAGCUAAGAUUUUAACUAAUUUUGUCUACAUUGUAGACCGUUAAAUAGUAUUAGAAAAUCUUAAUUUUACCCUGAUACCUAAAUUCCAAAAGGAAAUGUAUAUUUUAGAGUAUAGUAAAAAUAUCAUUAUUUAGAGGUAUUUAUAUUUAGAGGCAUUUAUGUUUGGACCAUCACAUUCAUAAUGUUUUGAUGGUAAUAGCCACGGCUGCCCAAUGUCAGUAAUUGGUAUUUGAGGAAAAGACUAGGAAUAGAAAUGCUAGUCCAUGCCGAUGUGGACUGCAUCUGCAUGUUUUAAUAAAAACACCUUGUUAUUUUGCACAUAUAGUAGGUACAAAACACCUGUGUUUAAAGAAAUACAUACUCAUAAAAAUUAACUAUUUUGAUAAUUAGGUUCACUUGUCUAUUGUAGUAAAUUUAAAUAGUUUUUUAGUAUAUAAUGUCUGGAAUGAUGCAUUUUUGUAACAUUAAGAUUCUAAAUAAUUAUUCCUAUAAAGGUUAACCAUGAUUAAGCAAUGUUUUACACUCAUUUUGAACAGCAUAAUGAUUACAGUGUCAUAUUUUCUUGACCUAAGUUCAACUUACAAGCAUGAAGCAAAAUACAGCCUCCUUUACUAAGGAGUUGUAUAAAGCUGGUGGCUGGUUCCUAUGCCCUUCUAGUAUGUUGUUUUGCUACCACACUUCAGAUUUACUGGGCUCUCCACUUUUGCUUUAAUGAUGGCUUCUGUUUUCUAGGCAAUAAUGAAGGUUGCAAGGAGAAAUUUAUAACGAAACUUAUUAAGUUGAUAAACAUCCUUUCACAGAACUUGUUGGAUUGGUGUAUACAAAUGCAUGGGGCUGUAUAAUCACUACUUGUCAAUGUUCAGGGCCUGUUAUUUUUUUCUGCCUUUGUUCUCAUUUUCUGAGUUGGUUUAGAGUUUUCUUAAUAAACCUGUAUGUAUGUCA